UUGAUGAGUCGGUGAUCGCGACCAAGGCCGUUUUAAGUGAUCUAGACCUUGGUCGCUCUAGUUUUUGCUAAUUUUGGAGAUUUUAUUUUAAAAAAAUUACAAAGUGAAGAAAAAGAAUAAUUGUAACAUAUCCUCUACACUGCCAAUCACUGACGUAGAUGUUCAUGUUCUUAAAUUGAGCUUUCUAUCACUUGAGUGAUGAUAAGACACGUGAACAGAUUACGGACAUUAGAAAAUAGAUUCUCAAAGUAUCAUAAGAAUGUCAUAUCUCAAUCUGUUAUAGUGGGAGGAGCUGAUAUUAGUUCACCUUAUUUUCAGAUUAAAAGAAACAUGGCAUAUGAUGGCCCAGCAAAGCGUCUGCAGGGAAUGCAAGAGAGUGUUUGGGUGGAAUUUAUUCAAUUAGCUCUUGAUUAUAAACCUGUAAAUUUGGGACAAGGAUUUCCAGAUUUUGCUGCUCCGGAUCAUGUUGCUAAAGCUCUCAGUGAUGCUGUACUGAGUCCCAAUGUAUUACUAAAUCAAUAUACAAGAGGAUUUGGGCAUCCAAGAUUAGUAAAUGCAUUAUCAAAAUUGUACUCUCAACUUGUGGGGAAAGAAAUAAAUCCCCAGAAAGAGAUACUUGUUACAGUUGGUGCUUAUGAAGCUUUAUAUUGCACUAUACUUGGGCUUGUAAAUCCUGGUGACGAGGUUAUCAUCAUUGAACCUUUCUUUGAUUGUUAUGAGCCCAUGACAAAAAUGGCUGGUGGUGUACCUGUUUUCAUUCCUUUGAGGCCAAAAAAAACUGGAACUGGUGUUUCAAGUAGUGACUGGUGUUUAGAUCCACAAGAAUUAGCUUCCAAAUUUAAUUCAAAAACCAAGAUGAUUAUUGUAAAUACACCUCAUAACCCAUUGGGGAAAGUUUUUACCCAAGAAGAACUUCUUAUGAUUGGUGACUUGUGUAAGAAACAUGAUGUAAUUGCUGUAAUGGAUGAAGUUUAUGAAUGGAUUGUUUACAAGGGACAUGAGCAUAUAAGAAUGGCUACUCUGCCUGGCAUGUGGGAGAGGACCAUUACUAUUGGAAGUGCUGGAAAAACUUUCAGUGCUACAGGAUGGAAGUUAGGUUGGGCUUAUGGACCUUCUCAUCUGAUGCGGUCCUUGCAACUUCUGCAUCAAAAUUGUGUUUAUACAUGCACUACACCUAUUCAAGAAGCUGUGGCUAUUGGAUUUGAAACUGAAAUAGCACGUCUAGGUCAACCUGGAAGUUACUGGAAAGAAUUAGCUGAAAUGCUGGAAAAGAAAAGGAAUAAGAUGGUCAAAUUUUUGUCAGAAGUUGAUAUGGCACCUGUAAUACCUGAUGGAGGAUAUUUUAUGAUAGCUGACUUCUCAGCUUUAGCUUCCAAAGUGAACAUUGAAGGUGAAUCAGGAACCAAGGACUAUAAGUUUGUCAAAUGGUUAUCUAAAAAUAAGAAACUUCAAGGAAUUCCACCUAGUGCAUUUUAUUGUAAUGAAGAUAAACAUUUGGCCGAAAAUUUAAUCAGAUUUUGUUUUAUUAAGGAGGAUACUACUCUAGAGGCAGCUGAAAAAAUCAUAAAUGAUUUGAAAAAAACAUUAUGAAUCCGAUUUAUAAUUGUUAUUAAAUAAAAUUCUUUUGUGCGUUUGUAUACAAUAUUUUUUUGUAAAGGGGGGUUUGUUAUAUAUGAAAUUUUAUUUUGAAUAAAGAAUUAUUGCAAUGA